UGGCAGAAGAGAGAUCACCGCACGCCGACAGGAAGCUGGAAGAGUCCCUCUCCCAAAGGAGUCCUUGAAAACCUCCAACAAGUCAAUCCCAAUUAUAUUCCAGAAGUGUUUAUAGAAAUCUGCUGGUAUUCCAUCCAAACCUGGGGCCUUACCAGAGGUCAACUGGGUCACCGCAGUAGUCAAUUCCUUUAGAGUAAUGUCAGAACCCAGGACAUCUUGUACAUCAGAUCCCAGCUGAGGGACACCCUGAAGUAGUGUCUCUGUAGCCUUUCCAUCGCACCUUUCUGCCUCAAACAAGUUGGAGUAGAAAUCCACCGCUAGCCUUCUCAUUUCUGCAGAAUCUGAAGUCAGCGUCCCAUCAGGCCACUGUAGGCACACCAUUUGUUUCCUCUGUCCAAAAGAUCUCUCCAGGUUAAAAAAGAAGGAGGUGGGUGCAUCGAUGUCCCUCAGUGUGGUAAAACGUGACCGGACCAGAGCUCCUUUCGCCUUCUCUUGAAGAAAACAAGUCAACUGCUGUCUUUUUUUAUUUAACUGCUCUGUAUUUUCAGCAGCCACACUCUCCAAAACCUCAAUGUCCUCUUCUAGUUUCUCUAUAGCCUUCCUAGUAUUAAUACUAGAGAAGGAUGCGUACUGUUGGCAAAACACUUUCACUUGACUUUUUCCUACCUCCCACCACUGAAUUAAGGAGGGAAAAAACUCUUUCUUGGCUCUCCAAUUGCUCCAAAACAAUUUAAAAUUUUCACUAAAAACAAAAUCAUGUAAAAAUUUGACAUUAAAAUGCCAGAAUGAUUUCGGCUUGUCUAUGUGGGACAAAAUUAGUUCCAAUAAUACCAAAUGAUGAUCUGUAAACCCAACUGGGGAAAUUUGACAAUUAAUUGCCCUGGUGUUAAAAGCCACAGACAUAUAAAAUCUGUCUAAUCGGGCUGCAGUAACCACGCCAUCAAAAACUUUCAUUCGUGUAUAUUGUCUGUCGGUCGGAUGCUUUGUCCUCCACACAUCAUCUAAAUCCAACUCCUUGGUCAUCUCUUUGACAAGAAACAGGAUGACUGGGUAUGGAGCUCCUGUCCUAUUCUAUCUAAAGCGGGAUCGGUGCAACAGUUCCAGUCCCCCCCAACUAAAACACAUUCUCCUUUAUCACAGUUGUCCAAAUUUUCCUUUAAUACUUUGAAUAAACUCAAACGGUCCCGCCCGCAAUUUGGUGCAUAUACAUUCACAAAUUUAAACAUAAUGUUUUGGAUUUCUGCUUUAACCAUUACAAUCCUCCCUGCAACUAUUUCUGUGAUCGCUAAAACAUUAACACUAAGAGUGGGACUAAAUAAUAUACCGACCCCCGCACUAAGAUUAGAGCCAUGACUGAGAACGUACUGACCACCCCAACAUAGCCCCCAGUCCGUUUCAUUUAAAUUAUCACUGUGUGUUUCUUGCAACAUAGCGAUAUCUAUUCUUUUUUGUUUUAGGAUUUCUAACACUAGCGCCCUCUUCUGUGCAUUUCUACCCCCGUUAAUAUUUAAGGAUGCAACACGUAAAGAAUUCAUAUUAAUAAAAGAGAGAGAAAAAUAACCAGCCAAAAGCCAACAGCAGAGAAAACACCCAGUGUUGUAGUUCCAUUCCUAAUUUAAUAAUCAACUUUCAAUUUUUUCUGUCUUUUACCACUUAAAAUUUUCCUAGCAGCAGUCACAUGCUUCCUCAGGCGAUAUCUCUUCUUGUCAUCAAGCAAGUCUGUUCCUACCACCUUUUGUAGGGUACUCACAGUCUUCACAAACUUUCUAACAUCUGGAAAAUAUUCUUGUACAUCAACCGUUUUACCGAAUGUAUCCUCCAAAAACUCAUCUAAUUCUUUCAAAGGGUAUAAAUCCUUACUCUGGGAAACGCUGUCAGCAAUUGAAGCACCAUCAGAGUCACCAUCAGUCUCCAGCCCCAUGGCCUGGCUACCAUAACCAUGCUGAACCUGGUCUACUAUAUCAUCAUCAGUGUUUACCCUGUCAGCAGCCUUCAGCUGCUGUCUCACAUCACUAGCCUGUGCCAUUUUCAUCCGAUCAACAAUACUAUUCUGUUCUAUAAUUUGCCAGUCAUUCUGACUUUCAUCAUUCUCAAUAAUAGCACGUUGUCCCUCUACCUUCGCCGCCACCGAUCCACGGCUUUCAGCAAGGGCUACCUCCGCCGUCGAGACGGCAUUCACACUCAUAGGGCCCACUCCAACAGAGUCAGGCUCAGCCGUCCGCUCCUCAACGUCAACGACCGCGUCCACAACCGGACCUGCCUGGGCGUGAUCCUCGGAGCUAUCAACAACAGCAGGACAGCGCACUCCCAGCAUGCUCCCCUGAACAUCAACGGUGCUGCGGUGGAGAGAGUCCGCAGCACCAAGUUCCUGGGCGUGCACAUCACCGAGAACCUCUCCUGGACCAGCAAUACCUCAUCACUGGCCAAGAAAGCUCACCAGCGUCUCUACUUCCUGCGCAAGCUGAGAAGAGCCACAGCCCCGACCCCCAUCAUGUGCUCGUUCUACAGAGGGACCAGGACUGCGGAGUCAGGACUAGCUGACUCAAAGACAGUUUUAUUACUCAGGCUGUCAGGAAUCUGAACUCUCUGCCCGCUCUGCCCCCUCUACCUAUCCUGUCCUCUGCCCACCUGAACUCUGAUGCCCCACAUACAUGCACACACACUUACACACACACACACAUGCGAUGAUUUUUUUUUUAGCCGAACUUGCCAAAAUGUUGUUUUCUUUAUUGGCUGGUGUCUUCGAACAAAGGUUAAAUACAUGUAUCUCAUUUAUUUAUGCAAAAAUGAUAUGAUAAACAGAAUGGAAACACAAACAAAGCGUAAACAUUUAGUAUUGUCAUCUUUGGUGGCUCUGUGGUCACAUCUUAUGUUUAAAAAAAAGAGAUUGUACACAUAUAAAAGUUCCCAUGGGUGCUAAGUCAUACACUCGAGCGAGGAGAAGGUGCCUUUACCCGUUUUGCCGAAUGCGGAAGUAGGUUGCACAUAUAACAGAUAGUUACUUAAAACAAUGAUUUAAAAAAAACAAAAACAAUUGUACUUAUGAUAUGGUAGAGUUAAUCGAGCUCAGAGAGCAAACUAAACAGUGAGCAUGAGGUAGC